AUGCCCAGUCAGUGGAACAAUCCCGUGGGGAGCCCUCAACCUAAGUCUCUCCAUGUUCCUAACAACCCCAAGGAGCCUAACACUUCGUCAACCCCCCAGUAUCUUGGCCGUCAUUCAGUAGCCAGCUAUCGCGAGGGAAACAGUCAGUUCGGGCCUCCUCGUAUUCCUACCAGACUAAAGGGACAGAAUGCCCCGGCGAAUCCUCAAAAUAUCGCCGCUCACCCCGCGACCAGAAUUCAGAAGGGUAUUCUUGGAAAGGGACGACCAUCGGCCAAGUCUCCGCGUAGUGGAAACUAUCCAGAAGCCAAUGGUCCCAAGAAGAGCCGCCGAAACCGACAGUCCAAGUCUCGUAACAGCCCAGGAAACCUGGGCACUCGUCAAGCACGAAACCACUCCAAAAAGAACAACGGAAAGAGGGGAGCCAGGUUUACUAAUAGUCAGAAAAACCCAAAGGGAGUGCACGCACCGUCGGAUUCUCGGAACGGCUGUGUUCAUGGAGUGGAUUGUUUCCCAGAGGAGACCUCCCCAAAGCCACAACUCGAGUUUCUUAAACUCCUCCGUUCAAAGGGACUGCAAACCUCAGAAUAUCCCAAGAUAUUCCGCACCCUUAACCCCAGCCCUACUGCCGUUCGUCUGGCCGUCUAUUUACUACAGCGAGUCUACCAAGAAAGACCCACCCUCUCUCGCCGUUACUCGACUGGCGAGCUCCCAGUCCGUGACAAACUGGCCAAUACAUUCGUCAUGGGCAUUCCGAAGCAGCGAUUCGGCAUCGGCCAGGGAAAGAAUUCCAUUGCGAGUGCCCCUCCUGUGAUGACAGCUGAGUACUGCGGGGACCCUUAUCGCACGGCCAUCAGGGAGAGAUUGGCAGCAGGCAAGCCCAGAGCUCCUCCACGCAGCGAGUUCGCAAUCAACAGCCGUGUCUACCAUGCCGCCGGGGAAUAUGUUAAAAAGAUAUUAAAAUUACAAAAAGGGGAAGAGCCCGGCCUAAUGAAACAGGUCAUGUCCAUCAUUACCGGCAUGGGCUACGCAAUGCAUGUGUCUGCCUACCCCAAAGGACUAUAUCUGAUGAUUUACUAA